AUGCAAGCAUACACAGUAGUGAGUGUUGGAAAGAAAUACUCUGGCACAUUUAAGGCAUAUGUGGCAUGUGAAGGAAGAGUUAUUUCACCGUUCCAUGACAUCACAUUGUAUAUGAGUGGAAACAGAGGCGUGGUGAGCGUGGUGAAUGAGAUCCCAAGAUUUGAGAGUGCAAAGUUUGAGAUAAGCAAGAAGGAAGCAUUUAAUCCUAUAAUGCAGGAUAUCAAGAAAGGGCAGCCGAGGUUUGUGAAGAAUGUUUUUCCAAUGAAAGGGUAUUUGUGGAAUUACGGGGCGCUUCCUCAGACAUGGGAGGAUCCAAAUGAGGUCGACAAGGAUGCAGGCGCGAAGGGAGACAAUGAUCCUGUUGAUGUUAUUGAAAUAGGGCGUAGGAGAAAGGGGAUUGGCGAGGUUUACCAAGCGAAAGUGAUUGGGAGCAUAGCAAUGAUUGACGAGGGCGAGUGUGAUUGGAAGGUUGUUGUUAUUGAUGUUGAGGAUGAGAUGGCGAGCAAGAUCAACGGGAUUGAGGAUGUCCGAAGGGAGUUUGAAGGGCUUCUUGAGGAGACCAUAAACUGGUUCAGGGAUUAUAAGGUUCCUGAUGGAAAGGAACGAAAUAAGUUUGCAUUGAAUGGCGAGUACAUUGACAGGGAGUCAACCAUUGGGGUGAUUGAAAGAGCGCAUGAGAGCUGGAGUGCGAUGAUAAAUGGAAAGAAUGAAGUAGGGAUAUGCAGACAGAACUCUACAUUGAACAGCAGGAGCGAACCGCCUAAGAUUGUUGCAGAAGCACUGUCUGAUGAGGAGGUGCCUGAGUAUCUGAAUCAGUUUGAAUUUAUUAAAUAG